AUGACCUCCGACACCAGCUUAAAUUCUCCUCCCAAUGCCGAAACAGCUUCCCAGCGAUCCGAGCAGGGUUCUUUCGCGGGCGUGAAGGAUCAACUCGAUGAUCUGACCCGAUCCUCAGUCACGGAUUUCAAGGAUAGUUUCGUCGCUGUCGCUAGCGACGCGGUCACUGGCGUGAAGGAGACUGUUGCUGAGGGCAUCCCUAUUGCUACGGAAGCUUUGCAGAGCGCGCAGGAUCGCGUUCGGUCUCUUGUGAAAGGUGUUGAGGAAACCGUUGAGCCAGCGUCCGAGGAGCAAGAGGCGAUGGCGAAAGAUGCCGAGCACAUUGAUCAGAUGGAUACGGAGCAGAUUUGCGACUUCUUACGAGAUAAGCAUCGGAGUACGAAACCUCCGCCGUCGACGAGUUGA